ACCAAUACCUCUUGUUCUGCAGUCCUUCGGUCUAUUUUGGCCCAUUCGAGUUUUGGCAAUGGAAGAGAAGUUGAGUUGGACAGUUUCAGAUGCUGUGGACUACAAAGGGUCCCCUGCAGACAGGUCCAAAACUGGUGGUUGGGUUCCUGCUGCUCUCAUCCUCGGUCUGCCCUUUGGCUCUCUCCUCUCGUUUUUCUCCGCGCUUUUCGGACACAUUGAAUGACACCUAAUUAUUACUGUCACGUCUACAUAAUCCUUCUUUCAAGAUGCAUGCUCAUCAAAGCUGAAAAUGAUUAAAAAAGAUCUUGAUUCACCUCUAAUGUUAUAAACAAGAGGUGAUGAUGCAAUCACCCGCGCGAAGGAUCGGCAGGAUUUGUUACAAGACAUAAGAAAUACAGUCCACACACACGUUUCAGGUGAUGAUGUGGUGUGGGAUCGAGUCACGUCAUUUUCUUUUUUUGAGGAGAAGGGAUGAGAUCCUAAUCUCAGGAUAUUUGCAGAUAUUUUGCUGAUAUUGGAAUAGAGGUAUGUGAGAGGCUGUCGACAAUGGGAAUAGCGGUGAACCUAGUGACGUAUUUGGGCGGGACCAUGCACUUGCCGAGCUCAACCUCGGCCAACAUCGUGACCGACUUCAUGGGCACCUCCUUCCUACUUUGCUUACUCGGCGGCUUCCUCGCCGAUUCUUUUCUUGGCAGAUACAGGACCAUCGCCAUUUUCACUCUCGUCCAGACUUUGGGCACGGCCUUGCUGGCAAUAUCAACAAAGCUCCCCCGGCUACGCCCGCCUCCGUGCCAACCCACCCUCCCGUGCAACCAAGCCGAUGGCUUCCAAAUGGGGAUCCUCUACUUGGCCCUCUAUCUUGUGGCCCUCGGCACUGGCGGCCUCAAGUCGAGCGUCUCGGGCUUCGGGACAGACCAGUUCGACGACAAGGAUAAGAAGGAAAAGGCCCAGAUGGCCUAUUUCUUCAACCGGUUCUUCUUCUUCAUCAGCGUGGGCACCCUGACUGCCGUCACUGUGCUCGUGUACGUACAGGACCAGGUCAGCCGGAGCAUUGCCUACGGGACAUGCUCGGUCGCGAUGUUCACCGCGCUCCUCGUGUUCUUGGCCGGGACGAGGAGGUACAGGUACAAGAAGUCCACGGGGAGUCCCAUAGUGCAGAUACUGCAAGUUGUGGCGGCUUCGAUUAAGAAGAGGAGCUUGGAGGUUCCGUACGAUGUUGGUUACUUGUACGAAAAUGGUCCUGAAGGGUCUAGGAUUCAUCACACAGAUCAAUUUCGUUGCUUGGACAAGGCAGCUGUUGUUGCUGAAGGCGACUUCGUGCAAGGUGGUCAUAAUUCCGCACCUAACCCGUGGAAGCUUUGCUCGGUGACAAGAGUGGAGGAAGUGAAGAUGAUGGUAAGAUUGCUUCCAAUUUGGGCCACGACGAUCAUAUUCUGGACAGCAUACGCACAAAUGAUCACGUUCUCGGUGGAGCAAGCUUCGACCAUGGAAAGGUCCAUUGGGAGCUUCCAGAUCCCAGCUGGCUCGCUCACUGUGUUCUUCGUGGUGGCCAUUAUGAUCACUCUUGCUGUUAAUGACCGGUUCAUCAUGCCCUUGUGGAAGAAAUGGACAGGAAAACCAGGUUUCUCCAGUCUACAAAGAAUUGCAAUCGGACUCGCUCUUUCGACUUUAGGAAUGUUAUCUGCUGCGAUAACUGAACGGAAGAGACUGUCGGUCGCUGCAUCCGUCGGCCGUGCUACCACCACACUGCCAGUAAGCGUGUUCCUAUUGAUCCCGCAGUUCUUCUUGGUAGGCUCCGGCGAGGCCUUCAUAUACACAGGCCAGCUCGACUUCUUCAUAACUCAAUCGCCCAAGGGCAUGAAAACCAUGAGCACGGGCCUCUUCCUCACGACCCUGUCACUCGGCUUCUUCCUCAGUAGCUUACUUGUCUCUGUCGUGAAGAAGGCGACAGGCAGCGGCGGGCGACAAGGAUGGUUGGCAGACCACAUCAAUUACGGGAGGCUCGAUUGGUUCUUCGGACUGCUGACAAUCUUGAGCCUAGUGAAUUUCGUUGUGUAUCUUGUUUGUGCAGCUUGGUACAAGCCACAAAAACCUAAACCUACUUUGCAAAUGGAAAAGAUUGGCAACGGAUCCGCCAUGGAGGACAAAGUUUGAUGUGUGCUUAAGUUUAGGAAGGCUUGGAAUGAUCAUGCGGAAUGGUAGAUUUUGAGCGUGUUCAUUUACAUAAGGGAAAAGUGAAGAGAGGGGUUGGAUAUACCUUCCACUUGUAAUUUUGACUGGUCAAGUUAUAGCUUGUUUUUCCUCUAUGUUGCCUUUACUUUUCCUGUAGGUAUGUACUCUUACUUCCUGUUGUCAUAUAUGUUUCAUAUGUUUAGGCCCUUUUAUCAACGGUAUUACAAUGAAUGGUACUUUGGCCA